GUGCACCCAAGCGUGACUUGAUGGUGGUGUUUUCUGUCUCUCUGUACUCUUGUCUCUGCAGGUUCAGAGAACGCAUGUGCAAAAACGUCAUUCACGUUUCUAAGACAGGAGCUGCCUGUCAGGCUGGCAAAUAUUAUGAAAGAAAUUGAUUUAUUGCCUGAUAAUCUUCUGAGGACUCCUUCAGUGCGCCUGGUGCAGAGCUGGUACAUGCACAGCUUCCAGGAUAUACUGGAGUUCAAGGACAGGGAUGUUGAUGAUGAAAUGCUCAAACAAGACUUCACAGAUGCUGUGAUUAAGAUCAGAAACCGGCACAAUGAUGUGGUGCCCACCAUGGCUCAAGGAGUGGUGGAAUAUAAGGAGACCUACGGGACCGACCCCAUCACCAGCCAGAACAUCCAGUACUUCCUGGACCGGUUCUACAUGAGCAGGAUCUCCAUCAGAAUGCUCCUGAACCAGCACACUCUUCUGUUUGGGGGAAAGGUGCAUGACAAUCCUGCUCAUCCCAAACAGAUCGGCAGCAUUGACCCCAGCUGUCACGUCACUGAUGUUGUGAAAGAUGCGUACGAAAAUGCCUGUAACCUUUGCAGCCGGUAUUAUAUGAACUCACCCGAGUUAGUACUGGAAGAAUUUAAUGUUAAAGGACCCGAUAAACCCAUUGCUGUGGUGUAUGUGCCGUCUCAUCUGUACCACAUGGUGUUUGAGCUCUUUAAGAAUGCCAUGCGCGCCACCAUGGAGCUUUAUGAAGACGCCAUGGAGUAUCCCCCGGUGCAUGUGCAGAUCGUCCUGGGCCACGAGGACCUGACUGUGAAGGUCAGUGAUCGUGGAGGCGGAGUCCCGCUGAGGAAGAUUGACAGGUUGUUUACGUACACAUACUCCACUGCCCCUCGUCCUCAGAUGGACACGUCUCGAGCCACUCCUCUGGUCAGUGUGUAACCUCUCUGAAAUCUGACAUACUGUCUGCAUCUCAGGGUCCCACUUUAAUUUUUUUAAUGGUUAGAAACUGAAGAGUUGAAAUAGCUGUGGCUUAGUGAUUGGCUUACAUGCUCAGACAAAUGGAUGACAAAUAGUGGUUAAACGGAUCGUAGUUGAUCCGUGAUUCGUACGGACCAAGCCCCAAGGUUCGGCA